UGCAGAAAUGCCAGGGCCGAUAAUAAUGUAGCAACUAUUGAUCCAUAAGAAAAAAAGAGGCUCUCACAGGUCAGACUAAGAACAUGAAAUGGAAAGCAACAAGUCACAGCGAGAAAUUUCAUACAUCAGAUUUGUCACUGAGCAUCGUAUUGAACUAGUGAAAAGGAUUAAGAAUAUUGACUGGAUCCUGGACAGUCUUAUUCAGAACAAGCAGUUUACAGUAGAAGACAAGGAACUAGUGGAAUGUAAUCUGACACCGUGUGCUAAGGUCAGAAGAUUACUUGACAUAGUGCACAGCAAAGGGGAAGAAGCAUCAAAAUGUCUGGUCCAUGUUCUGUUUCAAGGAUGCACCACAAACACUGACCUUCAGUCCUGGUUUAAUGAGAUCUGCUUCCAACCAUCGGUGCAUGUACUGAGCAAACUAGUCAUUGUUUCAUGUCCUGUUGAUCAAUACAAAGAGAAACUGAGAUGUAAACUUCUAGAAGACAGUAAGUACAUGACAUCAUAUCCCCUGAGGGAGGAGAUUCUGCUCGAUGAAAACUUCACAGAUACAGUUUUAGAAGCAAGCACUGAAUAUAACCAGCAUCAAUGCAAUGUAAGUAACUUAAUGGAAUUGUUUACCGAAGAGGGGACACUAAACACAGCUGGUGAAAUUAUUCUGAUAACUGGUGAUGCUGGCAUUGGGAAAUCAGUGCUGCUACAAAAAUUACAAAACAUGUGGGCUACUGAACAACUGUGUACAGAUAUCAAGUUCUUCUUCCAGUUUCGCUGCAGAAUGUUUAGCUUUUUUCAAAUUGAGAAUCAUGGUUCAUUAAAAGAUUUGCUGUUCAGAUACAACUGUCACCCUGACAAGGAUGUUGAAGGAGUAUAUCAGUACAUCAUACAAAACCCCAGCACAGUCAUGUUCAGUUUUGAUGGAUUUGAUGAACUUGUUUUAGACUUUCACACUGGCAACAUCCCUAACAUUGUGUGUCCAUAUCAGGAGGCCCAGCCCCUAUGUCUACUGAUAAACCUUCUGCAAGGGCACCUUUUGAAAGGAUCCAAAAAAAUUCUGAGCACAAGAACUGGUACUGAAGUGCCAAGGAGAUUCAUAAAAAAGAGCUUUACACUAAAGGGCUUUUCACAAGAGAAACUGCUCAAAUAUCUGCAAAAGUCAUUCAAAGAUAAACACACACAGACGUUAAUACAAAGUCAACUUGAAGCCAAUCCUCAUCUGUACAGUUUGUGUUCCAUUCCUUUGUUUUGUUGGAUUAUAUUUAAAUGCUAUGAACAGUUUUAUUCAACUACUGAUACAUAUGGACUGCCAGGUCAUCAAAUCACCUUAACUGAUAUCUACCUAUUAAUGGUAGAGGUUUUUAUAAAUCGCUGUCUGCUAAUGGAGUCAAAGCAUAGAAUGACCAGAAGUCAGGUUGAGACAUUCUUAGCAAAGAAAGAGGUUUUACUCAAUUUUGGAAGAUUAGCUCUGCUAGGUAUGCAAAGGGCAUCUUUUGUGUUUUCCCAUGAUGAAAUUGUAUCAGCAAACAUUUCUGAGGCUGAUUUGCAGUUGGGAUUUCUGAGACCUGUAAAGCGUUACAGUGGAUGCGGUGGCCAGGCAACAUAUGAAUUCCUUCACUUAACGAUACAGUCUUUUUUUGCUGCACUAUUUUUAAUCUUAGAUAAUGGAGUGAAUUCAGAUGAUUUUAUUUUCUUUUUACACAAAGAAAAAUAUUCAGUUAGAUUUGAAAAAAUAUGUUUGUGUCAUGGAAGUGCUUCAGAAAUAACAGAAGUAAAAUGUAAAACAGCUAAUGAAUAUUUCAACUUUACGGCACUUUUUGUAAGUGGACUUCUUUCCAAGAAAAAUCUUCUUCUGUUAAAACAGCUAACAUCUCCCAAGUCUUUAAAGAAGAAGAAUACCAUUUUAUUUUCUCACCUCACAGAACAUAUACAUGUACACUUGAAAAGUCUCCCUCGUUCCAGAAUAGGAGAAGAUGUCAAAGUGCAGGCCCUUCCACAGUUCGUUUGGCUGAUGAAGUGUGUGUAUGAGACCCAGAGUAUAAAGGUUGCCCAACUGGCAGCUAGUCAAAUUAGGGCAAAUUUCCUUAAGCUGACAUACUGCAACAUCCAUUCAGCAGACUGCAGUGCACUUUCAGCAGUUCUGAGACUCAUGCAAAGGCCUCUGUCAAUAGAACUGGACAACAACAACAUAAAUGAUCAUGGUGUAAAAGAACUCCAACCUAUCCUUGGUAAACUUAAAACACUGAGGCUGAGUGUGAACCAAAUCACAGAUACAGGUGUGACUAUCUUAGUUCAGGAACUCAUUAAGUACCGAAUAAUACAGAAACUGGGCCUAUACAGAAAUCAGAUCACUGAUACCGGUGCAAAAGAUCUUGCAAUAAUGAUUGAAUGCUGUCCAGAUUUUACUAGUCUUUGGUUUGGGAAGAACAUGCUUACUUCUGAUGGAGGAAUAGCCUUGGGCAAAGCUAUUCAAAAAAGCCACGCAAUUUUGUUUGUUGGAAUGUGGGGUAAUGAGAUCAGAGAUGCAGGGGUCAUUAGCUUUGCAAAAGCAUUGAAAAACCAUCCCAGUCUUCAAACCCUAAGCCUUGCUGCCACUGGCACGUCAUCUGAAGGAGGUGUGCAACUUGCUGAGGCCCUUUGUCAGAACACAUCGCUGAAGACCCUCUGGUUAAUUCAGAAUGACUUGGGAGAUGAAGCUGCUGCAAGUUUUGCUGAAAUGUUGAAAGUAAAUAAAACACUGGAGAUACUGUGGUUAACUGAGAACAAGAUAACUAUAAAAGGAGCCACUCAACUUUCACAUGCCCUUUUAGAGAAUACAACUUUGAAGGAAAUAUGCUUAAGAGACAACAAAAUUUCCACUGAAGAAGCACAAGUUUUCAAGGAUGUUAAAAGGAUUUUAUUUUAAGGAAAAUUUCUUGAACCAUACUCCUGACAGCGGUGCUCCAAAAUGCUUAUCCAUAUUUCUGUGUCCUUGUGUCUUACAGAUAUUCUUCUUACAGCUUUCCACAGACUCAGCUUUUGCAGCUUACACAGAUUCAGGAUUUCACUGUGUGCCUUCUUAUCCUAAAAUAACUUCACAUCACUCCCACAUGUAAUGUUUGACUGAAAAUGAUUGGGUACAUUA